UACACACGCCUCAGAUGAGUGACAAGUCGUAUUACAGCAAAAAAAAAAAGCCCAAGUGACAGGAGCCUGACAGUCAGCACCCGGGGAUAAAAGAGCGAGUCAGAGCCGAGAGACGCGCGCGGAGGCUCCGACACACAGAGGCCGGCGCAUGGUUCUCGUGCAGCGGAGAGCUGUCACGUCCGUGGGUCACUUUUUAAAACAAAACAAACAAACAAACAAACACGUCCGUUUCCUUCCCAACCCACGUGGACAAGUCGCCAGAGUUCAUGUGUGACAUAUACAGCCUGGACUCCCACUGCGUGUCUCCACGAUGCAACAUGAGCUGGGCGAUGGAGCCCGCUAACCUCUACGAGUGCGCCAAGCUGGGCGGCCCGCAGCACGGCGCCUGCAAGCCGGGCACCAGGAGCGACGCAGCGGCCGACGACGGCACCAUGGCGGAGCUGAGCGCCGCCCCCGCCAUGUACGACGACGAGAGCGCCAUCGACUUCAGCCAGUACAUCGAGUCGAUGACGGCCGUGCCGAACCUGGAGCUGUGCAACGACGAGCUCUUCCUCGACCUGUUCAACACCGUGAAGCAGGAGAAGGCGGACUUCUACAACCUGCAGAGCUCCGCGCCGCCCGGCGGCCUGCAGCAGCUGCAGCUGCAGCCGCCGGCCGCCUUCACCGAGAGGACGGCGCGCGGCGGCGGCGGCGCGGAGAGGGGCGCGUACGGGGCGCCCAUCAAGCAGGAGUCCGACUGGAGCGACAGCGACGUGUCCUCGUCCCUGCCGUCCCAGAUCGAGGCGUGCGCGCAGACGUCCGUCAGCCUCGCGACGGGCCAGCCGACGCCGCCGACCACCCCGGAGCCCCACUCGGCCGCCAGCUCCGCCAAGUCGUCGCCGCGCAAGCUCGGCAGGGAGAAGGGCAAGAAGUCGGUGGACAGAUACAGCGUGGAGUACCGACAGAGGCGGGAGCGGAAUAACAUUGCGGUGCGGAAGAGCCGGGACAAGGCCAAGAGGCGCAACGUGGAGAUGCAGCAGAAGCUGCUGGAGCUGGGCGCCGACAACGAGCGGCUCAACAAGACGAUCGAGCAGCUGAGCAGAGAGCUCGGCGGCCUCAGAGACUUCUUCAAGCAGAUGCCCAACUCCCCCUACGCGGCCCUCUCCGCGGGAGAGAGGCGGUGACUUUAUCAACCUCUUCGUGUGAAGGGCGCCUUCACGAGACAUACCUCAAGAGACACUUUGUGUUUACCAUCUGUACCAGAUGCAUUCUAAGCUUACCAUAAUGGCACUGGAAAAAAAAUAUAUAUAUAUGAUGUUGCUGCCAUAUUUUUUUUUUGUGGGAUUUGUUUUUGUCUGUAUUAAAUUAUUUUACCACUGCAUUUCUAUAUGAUGGUAUACCUGAUAUGGUACUUUUUUUUUUUUUAUAAUUCCAAACUUUGUAUAAGAGCCAGAGCAUGAUCUUUUAUAUAAUUUGUAUCAAACCUUGAAAAAUAUUUUUGUUUAUGGAAUCUACAAUAAAAAAAAAAACAUUGAAAAGAAGCAGAA